CGUCACUCGUUGAUAACGCAAAACUCCACCGCUUGAAUUGAUACGAACACCACACUACAAAAAAACAAACAAAAAAACAACAACGAAAAACAAGGCAACGGUCAUACUCUGUACCUUUCUGCCAUUGCCAUGAAAUGAGGGCACUAUGGGCGCUAAAGAGUCACGGAUAGGCUUCCUUUCGUAUGACGAGGCCGUUAAAAGAGUCACGGAUGUGGAGCUCAAACGUCUGCGAGAUGCCUUCAAGAGGACCAGUGGCCUUUCCGUCUAUAUGACCCAGCAAUGCUUCUACAGGGAAGUACUGGGUGAUGGAGUUCCUCCAAAGGUUGCAGAGGUGAUAUACAACUCUUUUGGUGGCACGUCAAAAGGGUUGCACUUCAACUACCUGAUAGUUGGGCUGGUUCUAUUAACAAGAGGACGUGAUGAAGAGAAAGCCAAAUACAUCUUUAGCUUGUUCGCCUGUGAUUCGGGCACCUAUAUCGUCCGGGAGGAUGUGGAGAACAUGCUGCAUUCAGUGGACGGGGAAGUCCCUCCCUCUCUUAGGAAAUGCUUCACAGAGGGUGAGAAGGUGAAUUAUGAUAAGUUUAAGAGCUGGCUCCUGCAGAAUAAAGAGGCUUUCACAUUCUCCCGCUGGCUACUGUCAGGCGGUGUGUGUGUCACCUUGACCGAUGACAGUGACACACCCACCUUCUACCAAACCCUGGCAGGUGUCACACACUUAGAAGAAUCUGACAUUAUUGACUUGGAAAAGCGCUACUGGCUGCUGAAAGCCCAGUCAAGGACGGGGCGUUUUGAUUUGGAAACCUUUGUCCCUCUGGUCUCACCCCCUAUUCAUGCAUCACUUAGUGAAGGCUUGUUUCAUGCCUUUGAUGAGAAUCGGGACAAUCAUAUUGACUUUAAGGAGAUAUCGUGUGGGCUCUCAGCAUGUUGUCGGGGUCCUGUGGCUGAGAGGCAAAAGUUUUGUUUUAAAGUGUUUGAUGUAGAUCGGGAUGGAGUUCUAUCCAAGGAUGAGAUCCAUGAGAUGGUGGUGGCACUGCUGGAGGUGUGGAAGGAUAACCGCACAGACACCCUCCCAGAGUUUGGUUCCAGCGUGUCAGACAUUGUAGAGGACAUACUAAAAAUGCAUGACACAACAAAACAAGGGCAGUUAACCCUGGAGGACUAUCAGAUAUGGAGUGUGAAAAGUGCCCUCGCCAAUGAGUUCCUCAACCUGCUGUUUCAGGUGUGUCAUAUCGUUCUUGGUCUGCGCCCAGCUACCCCUGAAGAAGAAGGCCAAAUCAUUAGGGGUUGGCUUGAGAGGGAGAGCAGACACGGACUGCAGCUGAAUCAGAACUGGUUUAUGAUCUCUAUGCAAUGGUGGCAGCAGUGGAAGGACUAUGUUAGAUAUGAUAAGUCCAUUGUCAUGGAGCAGCCAUCAGUGCAGGGCAGUGGGAUGAGAAGUCCUCAGUCCACAGCACUUGUAGAGUCUGUCCUGAACAGAGUUGGAACAGUUGCUCUUUCCCCCAGUUCCCAAGAGGAAAAAUUCCCUGACAAUAUCUCCAGCUCAUCAGAGGCCUCAGAAACCACUGGAAAUAGCCUGACUCCACACAUCAGUUCCUCUGCCACGGACGUCUGCUUCACUCGACAGCACAGCGUCCCCGACAACAACAACCAGUGUUUCUCCAGUGCCAAUGGUCAUUUGCCCAACAGCAUGGUCACACAGAGGCCUGGUGCCAUUGAUAACCAGCCACUAGUAACCACUGAGCCCAUGAAGGUGCCCACUUUAACUAUGGAAGGAGGUCGUCUGAAAAAAUCCCAGCAGCUGAUUGCUUGCCGGGACUUUGAGACGGUGCCAGAGCCAGUCUGGAGGGCACUUUACCACUGGUACGGGGCCAACCUCAGCCUACCUCGACCGGUCAUCAUGUCUACACUCAUGGGUCAGCCAGAGUUAGAGCUUUUCCCCCGGUACCUUCUCUUCCUGCGACAGCAGCCAGUCACACGACCCCCUCAGUCCAACAUCUGGGUCAAUAUGGGUAUGACCAGCCUGCGAAUGUUCCCUCCAAACAUGCCCCGAGGAAACGUUCCUUCUCCUAACGCCCCUCUAAAGCGAGUGCUUGCGUACACCGGCUGCUUCAGCAGGAUGGGCACCAUUAAAGACAUUCAUGAGUACUUAUCCCAGAGGUUACGCAUCAAAGAAGAGGAUAUGCGCCUCUGGCUCUACAACAGCGAGAAUUACCUCACUCUUCUGGAUGAUGAAGAUCACACUUUAGAAAGUUUGAAAAUUCAAGACGAACAGCAUUUAGUCAUUGAGGUUCGAAACAAAGAUAUGAGCUGGCCAGAAGAAAUGUCUUUUAUUGCGAACAGCAGCAAAAUUGACAGACAUAAAGUCCCUACUGAGAAAGGUGCCACAGGCUUGAGUAACCUGGGGAAUACAUGCUUCAUGAACUCCAGUAUUCAGUGUGUUAGCAAUACCAAGCCCCUUACUGAGUACUUUAUCUUAGGGCGACACCUUUAUGAGCUUAAUAGAACCAAUCCGAUCGGAAUGCGAGGUCAUAUGGCCAAAUGCUAUGGGGAUUUGGUACAGGAACUCUGGAGUGGAACCCAGAAGAAUGUUGCUCCUCUCAAACUAAGGUGGACAAUAGCAAAGUAUGCGCCUAGAUUUAACGGCUUCCAGCAGCAAGAUUCCCAGGAGCUCUUGGCCUUCCUAUUGGAUGGGCUUCAUGAAGAUUUGAAUCGUGUGCAUGAGAAGCCGUAUGUGGAGCUGAAGGACAGUGAUGGACGGCCAGACCAUGAGGUGGCCACUGAGGCCUGGGAAAACCAUUUGCGGAGAAAUCGUUCAAUCGUGGUGGAUCUCUUCCACGGGCAGCUCAGGUCCCAGGUGAAGUGUAAGACCUGUGGCCACAUCAGUGCCCGCUUCGACCCCUUUAACUUCCUUUCCCUGCCGCUGCCCAUGGACAGCUCCAUGCACUUAGAGAUCACUGUUAUCAAACUUGACGGCUCCACUCCAGUUCGGUAUGGACUCCGUCUCAACAUGGAUGAGAAGUACAUGGGCCUGAAGAAACAGCUGAGUGAGCUAUGCAGCCUAAAACCUGAGCAGAUCCUCCUGGCUGAAGUCCUCACCUCCAACAUCAAGAACUUUCCUCAGGACAAUCAGAAGGUGCGACACUCUGUGAAUGGCUUCCUUUGUGCAUUUGAGAUCCCUGUGCCUGGCUCACCCACCUCAGUCACCUCUCCGGUACAAAUAGAAUCUCCUCCUAUGGCCAACGGAACAGCUGGCAGCAAUCACAUUGGAAAGUCUGCACUCAUUCCCAAUGGCAUGCCAAGCAUGGUGGUUCCCUGUACCCGCGAGAAGCCCCUUGCCAAUGGUAUCCCUAAUGGCCAUGCUGUGCCUUUGCAAGACAGUCCCUUCAUUGGGUACAUCAUUGCCAUGCACAGAAAGAUGAUGCGGACGGAGCUGUACUUCCUGUCCUCUCAGAAGAACAGGCCCAGUCUAUUUGGUAUGCCACUGAUAGUGCCAUGCACAGUGCACACCAGUAAGAAGGACCUUUAUGAUGCUGUGUGGAUACAAGUGUCACGACUUGCCAGCCCUCUGCCCCCACAGGAGGCCAGCAACCAUGCUCAAGACUGUGAUGACAGUAUGGGCUAUCAAUACCCCUUCACUCUGCGGGUGGUGCAGAAGGAUGGUAAUUCUUGUGCCUGGUGUCCUUGGUAUAGGUUCUGCAGAGGCUGCACAGUGGAGUGUAACGACAACAGAGCAUCUUUGGGGAAUGCCUACAUUGCUGUAGACUGGGACCCCACCGCCCUGCACCUUCGUUACCAGACCUCUCAGGAAAGGAUAGUGGAAGAGCAUCCCAGUGUUGAGCAGAGUCGGCGGGCUCAGGCCGAGCCUAUCAGUCUGGACAGCUGUCUGAAAGCCUUCACCAGUGAAGAAGAGCUGGGAGAGGAUGAGCUCUAUUACUGCUCCAAGUGCAAGACUCACCGCCUGGCCACCAAGAAGCUAGACCUCUGGAGGCUGCCCCCCAUACUGAUUGUUCAUUUAAAACGCUUCCAGUUUGUCAACGGCCGUUGGAUUAAGUCUCAGAAGAUAGUGAAGUUUCCACGAGAGAGCUUCGACCCAAGUGCAUUCCUGGCCCCACAGGAGGUGGCUCAGAGCAUGGGUGGCCUGCAGAGCCAGAGCGAGUGCCUGGUAGAGGAGCUCCAGAAGCUGGAGAGAGGAGACUCCUCUGUAUCUUCUGUCUCGACCACUACUGUGGCCAGUCCUCCCACCUCUGGCAAAGGCACACCUUGCUCUAUCAGAAGGGUGGGCAGCCCACUGAGCAGAAACAGCAGCCCCAGGAACACGGGGUGGAAACAGGGCCGACUGCGUCUGCCCCAGCUGGGCAGUAGACAUCGGCUGUCCAACAGCAAAGAAAACCUGGAUAGCAGUAUCACAUGCAGCAGCAAGGAGGGUGAGACAGAGCCAGAACAAGGCAUAGUGACAGACGGUGAGAAUCAGGGGACGGCCGUGCUGUCUGACACAAACACACAGGACUCCUGGUCACUGGAUGCAUCGAGCACAGACUAUGAUGUCAUCAUGGUGAAUGGACUGGGACAAGACAGCAGUCAAAGUAAUGGACACACAGAUGUCAGCACCGAACUGGACACCCCUCACCAAAGAAAUGACAUCUGCCUGGAGCCCCUCUACAGUUUAUAUGCAAUCUCAUGCCAUUCAGGAAUAAUGGGAGGGGGACACUAUGUGACUUAUGCCAAAAACCCUAACGAAAAAUGGUACUGUUACAACGACAGCAGCUGCAAGGAAGUUCAAUCGGACGAAAUUGACACAGAUUCAGCUUACAUCCUGUUCUACGAGCAGCAGGGAGUGGACUACUCACAGUUUUUGCCAAAAACAGAGGGCAAAAAGAUGACAGACACCACUAGCAUGGACGAAGACUUUGAAUCAGACUACAAGAAGUACUGUGUGCUUCAGUGAUGUCAUGCUCUUCCACAUAAAAAGACACUUGGUGAGUUCGUCAGUAUGCCAGUGCAAUGAAGAAUGAAACGGCAGUGCUGCCCCAGAGGACCAUCAUUUGUGGAAGCGCAAAAUAUCAGUUAGUCGAGCGGCCUGUGUCACUGACUGUGCUUUCAGAAUAGAGGUACCUGACACCUCAGUUAAAUGAGUGAGGGGGUAAGUAAGAGACAACAUGUGAACGAGUGAAUAGAGAGAGAACUUUAGCGAUUAUGUCAUUGUUGCCAAGCAAACAAAAUUAUUCAGUACUGGACUGGAAGUUAGCCAAUCCCUUGAUAGCAUGAUUAUCAGACAAAAUUGGGAGUUCUUUCACAUUGCAGCCCACACAUGCAAAUCUAAAACUGCAUAACGAUAAAAAAAAAUAUAUAUGUGUUUAUAGAACUGUAUCAGACACAAGCUUUUGCUCCUUUAUUGCUAUUUUUUGGAACGCUAAUAGCGAGAAUCUAUUAUUUUAAUUAGGAAAUGCAUUGAUCUAAAUUACAGCUAUUAAAGAGCCCUAAAGAUUUCUUAAAUGUUUUUUUUUUUUUUCAUGUUUUUGUUUUCAUUUUUUUUUUCAUGUUUUUAUGUUGUUUUGUUUUCAUUUUUGUUUCAUGUUUAUUAGUUGUUUUUUUUAUGUUUUUAUGUUGUUUUGUUUUCAUUUUUGUUUCAUGUUUAUUAGGUUUUUUUUUCAUGUUUUUAUGUUGUUUUGUUUUCAUUUUUGUUUCAUGUUUAUUAGUUGUUUUUUUUUUCAUGUUUUUAUGUUGUUUUGUUUUUAUUUUUGUUUCAUGUUUAUUAGUUGUUUUUUUCAUGUUUUUAUGUUGUUUUGUUUUCAUUUUUGUUUCACGUUUAUUAGGUUUUUUUUUCAUGUUUUUAUGUUGUUUUGUUUUCAUUUUUGUUUCACGUUUAUUAGGUUUUUUUUCUUCAUGUUUUUAUGUUGUUUUGUUAAUUUUUAUUUCAUGUUUUUGUUUUUUCAUAUUGUUUUGUUUUUGUUGGCUUUUGCCUGUCUUUUUUUUUUUUUCUAUGUAAUUUCCGUACACUACCUCACAUUUUUGCCAUUAAUUGGCCGAUUGUUAAUUCAAAAUCCAUGUGACAGUAUUAUAUCAUUGGGGGGGCAGUAGACUACUUUCUUUAUGGACAAAAUUCACUUUUCAAAAAAGUUCCAUAAUAUUUCAUUUUAAAAUAAUUUUUUACCACUUAAUAAAAUAUCCUCCCUCUGCUACGCUGCCAAAUUAUUCAUAUAAAAUUAUGUUGUUGUUUGCUUUUAAAUCUUAUUUAAGAUGGUUUAUUUUCAUGCUUCAUUUCUCUUUUAAAGAGUAAAUGUUUAGCUUUAUAAUCUUUUUUGUUUGUUUUAAAUUUUUUAUAAGUUCAUUUUAUGCAGUAGUUCACUUUGCCUAAACUGGGGCUUUCAGACACGUUCACUUACUAGUCUUAGCAGUCAGAUCAAACCACAGCGUCCUCUCAACAAUAGUGCCAUAAACAUACAUUGUUUUCCUGUUUUCACUGUAGUUCUUGCUUCACUACAUACUGCUGACAGCAGAAACUAAAAACGGCAACCAGACACAUAUCUGAUCAAUGUUGUCUCACGAGGGAAACUUCACAUGUCCAAGCCAAAGUUUUAAACUGGUCAUGUACAUAGUGUUAGGGAAUUAUUGAAUCCUGUUGAUGAAAGCAUAAGAAAGAGGUCUGUUGUAUGGACAUUGUUAUCUGUAUGAAUGUCUUGUUAGAAUGGAUGAAAAUUUCACAACUUUUGCUCUUAGAGAACAGCAUUCUACCUAAAGCGCUCAAAUCUCUGGAGUUCUGUGUCGGAGGGUGUUCCAGGUUACUAGUAGCCUUUCUGUUGAACCAAUCUUAAUUACCACUGUGAAAUAUGUAUGAAAUAUUGAAUGGCUCUUAUUUUUCAUCAACUCAUCAACUGAAUGAGCUCCUCCUAUGAGUGGGGUAUUAAAACCUUUGGAAGUCAUUGGGAAUCAUUCACCGAUACCUAUUUUGCUGCUGUAGUACUUUAAAAAAUUGUACUUAAAAAAUAUUCUAACUUAAUGUAUGCCAUCAAAGAAAGGUUUUAUCCCUGCCGGAAAAAAGAGAAAAUGUUUGUGAAAUAAACGCAACUGUAUUACUGUAUGGUAAUUAAAGUAAUCAAGAGUAAUGCAAAUAUGUUAUAUGAACUGUAAACAAUUUGUAGAUAUUUAAUGUUAAAAGAAAUAAAAUGGCUAUCCAACACUGAAAAUCAAAAUGUACAAGAUUGUCUUCCUAAACAAUGUUUCACUCUUCUCUGAUUGAAAUCUGGCUUCACUUGGAAUUAUAUGUGUGCUUUUAGUCUAACUAAAGGCUGCAUUAUUAUUACAGUAAUAGUAAACAUACAGCUGAAUAUGAAACAUUCACCGAAUUUUUUGAUACAGGGAUAAUAUGGCAAAAAUUAUCACUUUUCAAGUAGUGCAAUCAACUACUGAUGUGUGUCUUUGUCCAUGUUUGUUAGUCAUAAUUUUGUUAAAUUAAUUUUGAUUGUAUGUAUUCAUUUAAUUAACUUUAUUUUGUAAAGUGUUGUUUAAAGAAUUACAUUUACAUUGCACUGACAAAUGUACAUACAUGUUUUGUAAAUAAACCAAUGAAAAGGAUGUAUUUGAAAAUUAACUGUACAAAUGUACUUGUAGUUGUAUAUGGAGUGAUACCGUUGAUCUGUAACACUUAUUCAAGAAACAAAUUAAAUGCAGCCAAAUGCA